AUGAAGAAUAUUAUCUCAUCUGUCUUAGCAAUUUUGGCGGUAAAUGUAUCCUUAGUCCUUGGUUGGGGUUACCGAGCCUCUGAUCAGCGACGAUGGGCGGUCCUACACCCAGCCUGCGGUGGUCGCCAACAAUCCCCUAUCGCCAUCGCAGCUCGUCAGGCGAUACCUAUCUCCAUUCCGGCCAUGGAACUGGUUGGCUAUCAGAACCCACUUCCAGGACCACUGACUAUUAAUAACAAUGGUCACUCAGUGGCGUUGACAAUCCCAAAGUAUUCCUCCGAAGAAGAGAAGAAAGGCUUCCGUCUCCCCUACAUCUUCGGCGGUCCAUUAGACAAUGAGUAUGAGAUCGAAAGCUUCCACUUCCACUGGGGAGACAAGAACAACCGCGGCUCUGAGCACACGCUCAACGACAUGCGUCUUCCACUGGAAAUGCACAUCAUUCACAGGAACAAGAAGUACAGGAGCCUCGCCGAAGCCCUGCAACAUCCUGAUGGUCUCUGUGUGCUCGCUUUCUUCUACCAGGUCGUGGAAUUCGACGCCAAACUCCUGACACCAAUCGUAAAGAACCUGUCGGCUGUGGAGAACUUCAACACUAGCAUGCAACUGCCCCACACCUUCUCGCUUUCCUCCAUUCUCUCUGGUUUAGACACGGAACGCUUCUACACUUACAAAGGCUCCCUGACUACCCCACCCUGCGCUGAGGCUGUCACGUGGGUCAUCUUCUCUGACUACCUGCCGAUCUCCGUUUUCCAGAUGGACAAUUUCCGCGGUCUGCUCUCCAACCAAAACCUGCCGCUGGUCGACAACUUCAGGCAACUGCAGCCACUCUUCGGCCGGCGAGUUUUCGUCCGUAUCACGUCGAAGAAUCCCAAAUUCAAGAAAACCAAACUCCAUUACUCAAAAUGGGAUUGGGUGGGUCACAAAAAAGCCGAAAACGACGUCACGGAGUUCGAUGAUUGA